AUGAGGGCUGCUCAGAGUGACACGGCACUGGAGGACAGACUGGGGGCGCUGCAGUGCCACUUCACCUGGGAUCUGGACCCCGGCAGGUCCAAACUUUUCAGUAUCCGGGACAAGCUGCAGGACAUCGGCACAGAGGAAGGAUACAAGUGGCUGGGACACAUUUACAACCUGCAGGGGUACGUCCACUUCCAGCUGGGCUCCAUUGAAGAAGCUAGGAGUUUCUUCAGCAGAGCCGCGGAGGCCUUCAGGCAGAUUAGAAACACCGUCUCCGAGGAGGGUCCCUGGCUGGUGGUGACCUACGGGAACCAGGCCUGGCUGCACCAUCACCAGGGAGAACUAGCAGAGAGUCGGGCUUGUCUGUCAAAGAUCGACGGCCUGAUGACUGAGGAUCCAUCGCAGGACGAGCUGCACCCGGAGAUCUGUGCUGAAAAAGCCUGGACUCUGAUGAAGUUCAGCAGAGAACAGAAGCUUCUGGCAGCUGAUUACUUCCAGAGAGCCAUCCGGAUGCAGCCGGACGUGGUGGAGUGGCAGACCAGCCACGUGUUAGCGUUAGCAAACACCUUUAAACACUCCAACCUGAGGGCCGACAUCUGGGAGAAAAUGAAAAUCGCAAAGGAUCACGAUCCAGAGAACCUGUACCUCGCUGCUCUCUACCUUGAGGCAUGCACCAAGAAAGGACAAAAAGUAAAAGAUGAAGCUCAUGCGUUGGCCCAGAGGGUUUUGAGAAAGCCUGUUAGCAGCUACAGUGGAAUCAAACCACUACUAAGGCUUUACUCAACCCACGUAUCUAUGGAUGAGGCUAUUGAUUUGGCAGAGGGGGCUCUGGAGAGGCAUCCAGACGAGCGCUACCUGAAAAGAUGUGCUGCAGUAUGUUACAAAAGGAAACUCAUUCUGGACAGGGACAGUCCCCUGGAGCACUGCAUGGUCGACCGAGCCAUUAGUCUCUACAGGGAGGUGAUUUCUCUUUACCCCGAUUCUUCACUCAAAAGAAGAAUAUCUCUUGCCACCAUAUACGCACAGUCAAAUCACAGCCAGGCGGCCGCUGAGCAGAUUUACGAGGAGCUGCUCGACAGUGACCUGGACCCUAAAGGGGCACAGAUCCUCUACAGCUGCUACGCAAAACAUUUACAUUUCAUACAAAAGGAGAGCCACAGGUCGAUAGAAUACCACAUGAAGGCGGCAGCGAUACCACAUCAGUCUUUCUAUCGAGACAACAGCAUCAGUAUUCUAGAGCGGAUUAGAGACAGAAACAGAAACAGGAUGUGCACAGAAAUAGGGAAGUUUUUGGCAAACCUGGAAACAUAA